AUGGUCAGCGCUGAAUUCUGUGGUAAAAAGUUGGAAGAGUUGGUUAUCGUUAUUCGAUUUAAGUCAAUGACCUAUUUAAGUAUCUGUGUUUUAAACGCGCUUUUUUCCGUCGUGGCAACACUUGGAAAUCUUCUUGUUAUUCGCGCCCUGUGGAAAGCCUCGUCCGUUACAUUAACUUUAAAAAAGAUGUUCCUGAGUCUUGCUUUCUGCGAUCUUGCGGUUGGAUUGUUUAGCCAACCCGUGUUAGCUGCACUGUACGGAGUAAUAGUAAAUAAGGCAGCGAGCGGAAAUUAUGACUUUGAUAGCUACUGCCCGGUUAUUAUUACAUUAGUCAUGGCCCCUACGUUUUUUCUGCUUGGAGUUUCGUUUUCCAUGGUUGCCGCUAUAGCGGUGGACAGACUUCUUGCUCUUUCUAUUCACCUAAGAUAUCAAGAACUUGUUACAGAGAAGCGAGUCAAUAUUGGUUUGGUGGUCUUGUGGCUUUCAAAUGCUCUUUACACGUUUGUCUUUAUGGAACUUCCCAGCCAUAAUGAAUUGUUAGCUGUAAUUUUACAAACCGUUGGAUUGAUUUUAAUAACGGUAGCAUAUUUUCGUAUUUACCAAGUAGUGCGCUAUCAUCAAAAUCAAAUACAUGGCCACAAUCAGAUUCAAAAUGAUCAAUCCACGCAAGCUGCCAGAAUAAUGAAGUCAGCUUUGAACGCUUUCUAUGUCUAUAUCGUUUCCCUUGUUUGUUUCACGCCAAAUUUAUUGGCUGGUAUUCUGCUGGUAGUGGACAAUUCACGCUUACCCACUUUAGUAGCAUACAAUGCUUCUGCGUUUUUAAUAUUACUCAAUUCUUCUUUAAAUCCACUUGUCUACUGCUGGCGAUAUCGCGAGAUUCGUAAUAUCGUGAAAAACACAGUGAAGAAACUGUUUCGUAACAACCAAAUGGCACAAUAA